AUGGCGGCGAUUGACGUAGAACCUCCUAAAGCGGAGACAACAAUGCGAACCUUGAAGUUGUCGGGGCAUGUCGGUUUCGACAGCCUGCCCGAUCAGCUUGUGAAUAAGAGUGUGCAGAAUGGGUUUGUCUUCAACAUCCUUUGCAUUGGUGAGACUGGUUUGGGGAAAUCGACGCUUAUGGAUUCCUUGUUCAACACCAAUUUUGAGUCUUCUCCUAGUCCACACAACCUGCCAACGGUUAAACUCAAAGCCCACACAUAUGAACUGCAGGAAAGCAGUGUCAGAUUGAAGCUCACUAUUUGUGAUACCGUGGGAUAUGGAGAUCAAGUGAACAAAGAGGAUAGCUUCAAAGCUGUGGUGGACUACAUUGACGCCCAGUUUGAAGCAUACCUACAGGAGGAAUUGAAAAUCAAGCGCUCUCUAUCUGCAUACCAUGACAGUCGUCUGCAUGUGUGUCUUUACUUCAUUUGUCCUACAGGACAUGGACUGAAAUCAAUUGAUUUGGUGUGCAUGAAAAAGCUGGAUACCAAAGUGAACAUAAUCCCGAUCAUUGCAAAGGCUGAUACCAUUUCAAAGACUGAGCUGCAGAAAUUUAAGUCAAAAAUAAUGCAAGAGCUGCAAGCUAACGGCGUAGAGAUCUAUCAAUUUCCAGUGGACGAUGAGUCUGUCUCUGAAGUCAAUUCCACCAUGAACUCUCACAUUCCAUUUGCUGUGGUUGGCAGCACUGACUUUGUGAAGAUUGGUAACAAGACUUUGCGUGCCAGACAGUAUCCCUGGGGUACUGUACAAGUGGAGAACGAGUCGCACUGCGACUUCGUGAAGCUGCGCGAGAUGCUGAUCCGCACCAACAUGGAGGACAUGCGCGAGAAGACGCACGCGCGCCACUACGAGCUGUACCGCCGCCGCCGCCUGCAGCAGAUGGGCUUCACCGACGUCGACGCCGACAACAAACCCGUAUCAUUCCAACAAACAUUUGAACAAAAACGAAGUGCUCACUUAGCAGAACUGCAGCAGAAAGAGGAUGAAAUGAGGCAAAUGUUUAUACAAAGAGUAAAGGACAAGGAAGCUGAACUAAAGGAGGCUGAAAAGGAGCUGCACGCGAAAUUCGACAAGCUAAAGAAGGAUCACACGGAAGAGAAGAAACGUCUAGAGGAGCUUCGCAAGAAGAUAGAGGACGACACAAUAGAAUUCAAUCGUCGCAAGCAACAGACUACACAGUCCCAUCACACGCUUACACUCGGCAAAAGCAAGAAGAAGUAA